UCAUCGGGAUGUGGCUAGAAACCUAGAAUGGUAAUGGGUCAAUCAGAAAUGUCGCGGCAGUGGGUUAUUUUUGUACUACAUUUUUUCCUUGUUUUGUAAGACGGCUUACUCUUAUUAGUUAUCAUACUCAUUGCAUGGCAUAUUGUCAUCUCUUAAUGAUGCUUACACCGGGUACCACCAACUGCAAUUAUAAAUAGCAUUAUAUAAUCCGUAUAUCUAUCUCUAACUUUUGUUUCUCACUUUUUUUAAAGCUUCUAGUUGCAAUUAUAAUUAAAGUCAACUUCUUAGUAUAUUUUUGCAUCUUCUUUAUAGCUCCAUAUUGGGAAGUAUCAUCAACCUUAUAAUUACUAAUUAUCUACAAUAUGCUCCUUUCAACUAAAAUUUUUAAGAAGGCUCAAAAAUUAUACUACGCAUACAUUUACAAUUCUCCUAUACCUGUAUUAUCAUCAGGAGAAGUCUAUGUAUUUAAUAUUUGCAACUUAAUAUUAUUACUUAUUGGUUUGUACUACUUAGUUUUCAUAUUUCCACCAAUACUUAUUCAUUCAUUAGAAUCAUUAUAUUACUAUUUAACUGGUAAUUUCAUUCAAUUAAAUAUAUUCAUAUCUUCAUUCGUUGUAUUCAAUUAUUCAUCUAAAUGGAAUUUAUUCAAAACCAUUUUCAAUUCUACUCCUAAGUCACACCCAUCUACUGAUCAUACUUCCGCAGUUGCCGUCCAGAGUCAUGUUUCCAAUGCAACCAACUUUGGUACUACCUUGGCAGUCUCCGCUUUAGCUGCUGGCGGAAUCGUUAUGUUAGCCUCUAAUGCUCCCAGAAAUUAGUUAUUCUUUGGCUCAUAAAUACUAUUCUUAAGAGUAGCCUCAAUUACUGGCAAGUUCAAUUUUCCCCUCCGCUAAAUUUUAUGGAGAAGCUUUUUUUUUUUUUUGCAUUAUGGUAUUAAAUGUUUGGUAUUAUUUUAUUUCGCUUUUUCACCCUUUAUUAAUGAUUAGUUUGGUUUAUUUAAUGAUC